CUCAGGAUCGCGUCUGGAGAGUGGUUAGUAUUCUGCCAGCUUCGGAGUCGGGAGGGAAAGCAAGCCUGGCAGAGGUACCCAUUCCAUUCCCAGUUUGCUCAGUAGCUGGUGAUUGGAAGACACUCUGCAACAAUGUUCAAGCCCUGAGCAGGAAAGCCUCCUUCCAGGACUGCUUGACACCAUCUCUGCCUCUUUCCUGAAGGCAUCAUGGCUGCCCUCAGACCUCUGGUGAAGCCCAAGAUCGUUAAAAAGAGGACCAAGAAGUUCAUCCGGCACCAGUCAGACCGCUAUGUCAAAAUUAAGCGCAACUGGCGGAAACCCAGAGGCAUUGACAAUAGGGUGCUCAGAAGAUUCAAGGGCCAGAUCUUGAUGCCCAACAUUGGUUAUGGGAGCAACAAGAAAACAAAGCACAUGUUGCCAAGUGGCUUCCGGAAGUUCCUAGUCCACAACGUCAAGGAGCUUGAAGUGCUGCUGAUGUGCAACAAAUCUUACUGUGCAGAGAUUGCUCACAAUGUCUCCUCCAAGAACCGCAAAGCUAUUGUGGAAAGAGCAGCCCAGCUGGCAAUCAGAGUCACCAAUCCCAACGCCAGGCUGCGCAGCGAAGAAAAUGAAUAGACAACUUGUUGUGCACGUCAUAUUUGUGUUAAUAAAACCAUAAAACUACAAAAAAAAAAAAU